ACUAAAAAAAUAAAAAAAGGAGGACCUAACCUUACGGGAGAACUGGACUGGGUAUAUACAUAUUUUUAUUCUAAUCCGAAUCCGGAAAAUAUCAGAAACGCUUGUAACCUAUGUCCCGGUUCGACGACCGACACGGGAACUCUCAGGACAAAGCGAACCUGAAAGGGAUUGGCGAUAGCCCCAGAAUGGGAUCGAUGGCCAGCCGACCGUUGACACCAGCCCAGAUGCAUCGCUACCAGGAGACCACCGGGCUAUCUGUUGAACAGUUGGAACAGUUGAACACCCGUUUCCGGGCAUUGGAUCGCUAUCAGCAUGGAUAUCUGACACCGACGGAUCUGAUGCGUAUUCCACAGCUGAUGCAGAAUCCCCUACAUCGAUUGAUCGUCGAUAGUUUCUUCCCCACCCUGGAUCCCAAUGCCCGGAUGAAUUUUGCCCAGUUCGUGGAGACGUGCGCCACGUUAAUGGUGCCACAGUAUGGCGGUGGUGGCGCCCCAAGUCGCAAUACCCGCGCCCAGAAGUUGCGACUCCUCUCCAAGAUGUUCGAUACUCGACGCAUCGGUAAAAUCCAUCGUGGGGACUUUCGUAUCAUAAUGCGCUGCCUUUUGGAUCCCAAGGACACAGCGUCACAGUCCCAGCAGGAUAUGCCAAAGCAAGAUAAACAGGAUACUACGGAGACUACUAAGGAGACUCCAAAAGAACCUAAGAAUCAACAGGAUUUAAUGGAUUAUCUUCAAAACUCAAAGAUAAAGAUAGAGUGGCUUUUCGAUCCUAUAGAGAAAGAAAUGAAGAGAGAGGAAGAUUCAAAAGAUCCAUCGAAGGACAUUCGCCCGACUGCUCCUGUCAGCACUAUCUGGGAACAAAUCGCAGACUCCGAGAUAGAGGCCGAGCUCACGCUCCUGGAGCAACAGGCCUUCGGUUCGCAGUCUUGCGCGGAGAUCACCUGCCAGGUGUUCGAGGAGCGUCUCAACUGUGCCGACAUCGAUGGCCAUCUCUCGAUCUCCAAGUGGCUGGCGGAGGAAAACGACGAUCUAUUGGGCGACCGAAUUCUAAAUGGCAGCCUUGGUCAUAACCCUAACGAUUUGCCGCCAGGGAAUACCGAUAACCAGAAUAACGAUAACGAUAAAUCAUUGAUUUAUCAAUUUUUCACCUCGCUUGUGGAACUUUUGCAUUAAUUAUUAUCGAAAUAUUAAUCCAUGUAUGCUGCCGUCUUUUUGGAAACUUUUUUCAAUCACUUUUGUUCUCGAAUUCUACAAAAUUUAAACCAAAAAUAAAUUCUAAAUUAAAUACAAAUAAAAGGCUUUGUUGUAAA